AACGUCUUGGACAAUUGGUGGUCCCCUCUCCUUGGGGACAGCUGGGCUCUAUUGGUUCGUCGCCGUGAGUUCUCGGACCACCCGUUGGAGAUGAACGUGGCGGAGCCGGCGGCCCCGCGCCACGGCAAGGUGGGCCCGGCGAUCUUCGCGAUCGCAUUUUCAGGGGGCCAGGCCCCCCCCCCGGCGAUGAUCCACUACCGGCAGCCCCUCCUCCAGUUCGACGACAUCAUUCUCAUGGCCUUCGACGUGCGGGUGGUGCGCGCGGUUGAUUUCGCUGGGGAGCUGCAGCCCCAGGAGGCCCAGGGUCUUAUCUGGCGCAACCUGCGGCGCAGCCCGACGACAUCUGCCGACGCCCCGCUGGUGCGCGUCGACGUGAUCAUCCCCAAGCACUGCGCGGUGCAUUGCGCCGAUUCGGACGCGCAAAUCUUGGACAUCAUCAGCGCGAUGGGCUCGGCAUACUUCUGGCCCAUGUGCACGCAGAUGUUGGCGCUGAGCAAGAUUCGAGCGCUGGUGCUCUCCGACGCUGCUGACGACGCGCGGAUCGAGACGCUGGACCACGUCGCUGCUAUCGACCCUGUUGGCGCCGCCUCGCGUCUGCGUUGGAAGCCCUCGACGGGCGGCCGCCCUGUCGCCGCCCCCUCAGCCACCGCCAGGGCUCUAACGGCUACCCGCAAGAAGGCGCACAAGAAGCCCGCUGCCGUGGACCGCCGCACCGACCUCGCCAUCCGAGGGGGGCCCGGGCAGGAGGGCCGGGAGGACAUGCCCUUUUUGAUGCGACACUUGGCAUCGGACACGGGGCUCGCCAUCUUGGCGAAGCCGGGGGGCAGAGCGUUUUCGCGCGGGGAGUGCGAGCACGUACCC